UGAUAAAUAUUUUGACUCGCUGCUAAGGUAAUUGAAAAUUUUUCGAUUUUCACACUUUUCCAAUAGAUUUUGAGUAUCCAAUCAUGGGUGGUCAUCACGAAGUCAAAAUCCCCGAUUGGCGAAGCUACAAAGUCGAAAAUGCCCCUCAAUUGAUGGAAGUGAAGGAAGCAUUGGCACGUCAAGGCUUGAAAGAUCCAUGGUUGAGAAAUGAAGUUUGGCGUCACGAUGUUAAGCAAUUUAGCACACAAGGCAAACGAUUUGCUUUGUGUUUCGUUCGUGGAGCCCCCAUUGGAAUCGCUGCUUUUCUCAUUACCUUAGGAAUCGAAAAGGCUUUCAACAUUCCAUGGGCUGGAAGUCGUCCUGGACAUGAACAUCAUCAUGAGCAUCAUUAAAAAAAAUAUUUUUAUUUGUAAAUUUGGAAUUUUAUUCACUCUUAAAGCAGGGAGUUGAAUAAAAAAUCAGUUUAGUGAGAAAAAUUGAAAAAUUUAGUUA